AUGGCAUCCGCCAGUAAAGCUCAGUCACAAUGUCUUCGGCUAUGUAGCGAAGUGGCCUCGUCCUGCGACCGGGUUGCCGAGGAAAUGUCUGAUUUUAUCGACCUGGCAAAGCACCUGCCACACGGAUUCGAGCCGCUGGCCAACGACGUCCUUGACACGUGCCAAGUCAUCUUCUACAUCGAAGCCGGGCUCGGCAACCCGGCUCGCAACGACGAGCCCCUCCCCCUUGAUGUGGUUGCCUCUCUAGAAAAGAAGUUCCGCGCGGCGCAAACUGAUGUCCAGGCGCUCCAGCAAGUGGUGGCCAAGUUGCUCAAUUACGAGCGUGCGGGUGCCAUGGGCCGCAUGAAACGUGGAAUUGGUAAAAUGUUUGGAGACAACGGUCUGGACCGGAUGGGCAAAAUCCUGACCAAGACGCGUGAGGACCUGAAAGUUAGCGCGCUCAUGUUCCAGUGGAAAUGCGGCGCCGACAGAAUGGAGAGCGAGCUGGGCCUCGGGUGUAUUGGGCUUACUGCCGCCUUGGAGAAGUCGGGGUGCCUGCGUCGACGGGGUGCAUCUUUGACCUCGGAAGACAAUCAUUCUGUUGUGUCGAGUGCCCUGCAACAUCAAAGGGCCCGGGAUAACCACACGCCCUCGGCCCAAACGCCUCAAUCGCCCAUGCUCUCCCAUCUUCCCAUGUCCUCAAAGAGACCGGAUUACGCUCACGACGCCGUCAGCAUCGGCAGCAGCAUACACAGCCCCGUGUUGGACAACUAUUUCGCUUCAUCAACCAGGAACACUCCCCUCUCGGACUACGGCUCCAACCAUGGUCCACACCUCAAACGGAUAACCGCCAUGCCGAACCGUCCCGGCACUUUUGCCGAGAACGACGACUCAAGCUCGGCAUUGGCCGCCAUUGUCGAUGAUGUCAAGGCACUCGAGCUGCAGAGCCCCAAAAAGAUCCAAGUCAAUAUUGAGCCAUUCAAAAUGCCUCGCCAACGGCCUCGCAGCAAUGCCGACGCAGACAAGCCGAGCAUCAAGCAAGCGCUCGUAUCUGCGGUCCGGGCUCAAGAACACAAUCUCAUCACGCAGCUCCUGGAUCGCGGCUGCUCUCCAAACACGGGGCCAGAAGCUCAUGCGCUAAACGAAGCUAUUCUGGGCUACGAUGCCGAGAGUAUCCGACUCCUUCUUCUCUUCGGAGCGGACCCCAAUGCCGCCGAUAAGAACGGCGCAUGCCCCCUCGUCGCAGCAGUCAGCAAACUCUACGUUGAUGCCGCGAUUGCGCUCCUCAAGUACGGCGCGGACCCGAACGUGGGACCGGGCUUGGACUCGCCUCUCUACCUAGCAGCAGCUGCCAACAACAUCAAGCUCACUCACCUGAUGCUGAUGUAUGGAGCGAACGCGAACGAAACAGCCGCCAACGGCAACACCGUGCUCAUCGGGUCCAUCAACAAAACCACCCCCAAGACCCUGAUUGACAUGCUGCUCAACUACGGCGCGUGUCCCAACGAGAAGAACAGAGCGGGCAAGACGGCUCUCUUUGAAGCCAUCAGCAACGGCAGAGUCGACAUUGUGGAGAGCCUGGUCGCGCACGGGGCCGACCCGAAUCUUCCUGGACCCAAGCACAUGCUCUGGGUGGCCAUACACCACACCUCUUGCCUGGAAGUCCUUCUUGCCAACAAUGCCCAUACCAAGAAGUGCCCAGGGUUGCUGGAGCUGGCCGUCAGCAUCAACAGCAUUGAGGCCGUCCGCAUCUUGCUCAAGGCGGGGGUUGAUGCCAACGUUCGAAAGGACGGCCUGUACACGCCGCUUUGCUCGGCAAUCCGCGACAACCGCAAGGACAUAAUGGAGCUGCUGCUGCGCAGCGGCGCCGACCCCAACCUCCCGGCUGCCGAGUACCCGUGCUUCAAGUGCGUCACCCACCAGCGCGAGCAUUUCCUGCCGGCUCUGGUGGACGCCGGCGCCAACUUGAGCUCGCCAAAGGGCAUCCUCGAGACCGCCGUGACGUCCAAGAACCUCCCCGCUCUGAAGUGGCUCCUCGAGCAAGGCGUCGACGUGAACGAACGAGGCGCCAAGGGCGACACACCGCUCACCAGCGCCAUCCGCAGCAACGACGUUGGCCUGGUCGACACGCUCCUCGCCUACGGGGCGAAUCCCAACCUGCGCGGGCAAGACUGGCCGAUCUGCAUGGCUGUUCAGAACCCCGAGAUCCUGGUGCGCAUCCUCGCCGCGCUGCGCGAACCCCGGGCCUUCAAGGGCGUCAUGGAGACGGCCGUCGUGGCCAACCAGCUCGAGUCGGUCAAGCUGCUCCUCGCGGCCGGCGUCUCGGUCGAGGACCGCAACGGCGGCGUCUUCUCCCCGCUCACCUCUGCCAUCCGGGAGCACCGCGUGGAGAUCUUCAAGUUUCUCAUCAACGAGGCCCGCGCCGACGUCAACGCCCCGGGCGAGCACCUGCCCAUCGUCAAGGCCCUGCGGCGCUGCGCCACCGAGCACACCAGCAUCAUCGACAUGCUGCUCGACAAGGGCGCCGACCCAAACGCCAUGUACAGGGGAUGGAACGGCAUCAUGCAGGCGCUCGAAAACGGCGACGCGGACAUGUUGAAGAAGCUGGCGGAGAGGUCGGGUGUCGAUCUCAAGGCCAAGAAUGAGUUUGGUCAGACGGUUACCGAGAUUGCCGUGUCAAGAGGGUGGGAUGAAGCGGUGGAUAUUCUGCUUGCGAAUGGAAGAACGUAG